UUAACCUCACAGACUCUGUCUUUUAGAACUUUCUUUCAACUCCAUUCUUUCUUCCCUUAUUCGCUCCACUCACAAACAGCUUGUACCCUUCACCAAGUUCUUUAGCAUUCCAUCUUGUCUCUUGCAGGCACAAAAUGUUCACUCUCCUUCUUUGCAUAAGAUCAACCAACUUUCUACUCUUCCCAUUCAAUGUUUAAAGUACAGUACAGUACCUAUUCUUAUUCUUAUCUUCUUCCUCUUCUCUUUCUGGAUUAACUUUUCUCCCGUCCUUGGUUCGAUAACCCCAGUUCAUUUGACAUAGUUUUCGGGCGACAUGACUGCACAUCGCUUCUUACUUUAGUCUAGUAGACAUUUCAUAUAGUUUUGGCAUAAGUUUUAAGGCCUGAUACCCUUCCUGACGCCAACCUUAUUUGAUAUAAGGCUAAAUAUAUAUAAUUUGUUCUAAUAUUCAAACCACAGCGGUUAUAUCGAACUCCGUUCUAUUCUAAAGCGGGAUUAUUAUAAAAUAAUGAAAUAAAAUAAAGGAGGAAAAUCUCCUUUCUAAUUGGUUGCUACUGAGCAUACAAACCAUUUUUCUUAUAAAAAAAAAACAACUUGUUACUGAGUUGUUUGACAACUUUAGGAAUAAGCUAUACGCAGUUUUAAAUUCUCUUUCUAUAAACAGUACAAAGGUACAAUGGUAAAGUAAUGCGUUAACGUAAACAAGUGAAAGUUUCCAACAUAAGAUAAAAGCAGUAAAACGUCGUUCAGUGGUAAUGUCGUUUUGAAGUAAUUAUCCUUAUGUGGCUAAUUUCCCUGAAAUUUCCCUAUAAAAGUUUAUUAAAAGCAGGCAGUUUCAGUAUAGUUUAUUGAGAUCCUUCCAAUAGACUGUGUGUGCACAUAAAAUAUACCUUUAUUUACACUCUGCAUAUUAUAUUUAUCUACACAAUUUAGUAAGAAGAAACAGAAUUGUAUAUUUAUUCCAUACACAUAAUUAAAUAUGGAAUGUGACAAAGAGAAAUUUUACGUGCUACAUCGAUGUUUAUCUACAAGUUUUCGUCACCUUGGACGGCUGAUUGGACGUCAUCCAUUGUAUUUUGUUAUAAUCCCAUUUGUGUUUACUGCUCUGUUCGCUUUGGGUUUAUUGAGGCUACAAGUUAUUAAAGAUACGGAAUAUUUAGUUGUUUCAAAGAAAGGAAGAACUUUCAAAGUCAGAACAGAAAUAGAGAAGUUCUUUCCGGAAAAUGCUACAGAUUUUGAUUUUACACGAAUGACAAGACUUGAAGGAAUUAAUAUGAUUAUAGCGACUUGUAAAGAUGGAGGAACAAUGAUGCGUGAAGACGUGUUUGAUGAAUUACAAAUGCUAAACCGAAAGAUUCUCGACGUAAAAAUAAAAUGGAAAGGACAAAACGUAACGUAUUUCGAUAUCUGUAUGAAAUCGGAAGGGGAAUGUUACCAAAAUAAUUUAUUAUCUUUAAAAACUAAAUUUGAAGAUGUCAGAAGAAAAAAGCUGCAAAUUAAAUAUCCGAUGGAGAUAAAUUCAUCGCAUAUUAGUGUAGACGCUAUCAAUUUAGGAGGGGUUUCAACUGACGAAAACAGUUUUAUAACAGAUUUUCAAGCAUUUCGUUUACUCUAUUUCGUCGAUUAUCAUAAUUCCAGCAAACAGGAAAUUGCAAAAAAAUGGGAAGAAGAAUUUCUUAAAACUGUUUCUCAAAAUUCCUUCGUUCACAUCCGCUUAUCAAAAAUGAGUGGAAUUAGUGUCGAUAAUGAAGUUAAUACUAUAUUUGUAAAUAUUGUAUGGCAUAUUAUUAUUAGUGGAAUAUGUAUGAUGAUAUUUUCAAGUGUAACCUGUCUGACGAAGGACUGGGUGACAAGUAAACCGCUGAUUGGUGCUUCCGGUUGUAUUUCAUCUUCGUUUGCUGUGGUAACUGCCUACGGGUUCUUAUCUCUCUGUGGUAUGAAAUAUAAUGACAUGUCUGUAAUUGUUCUAUUUAUUGUUGUAGGUAUCGGACUGGAUGACUCAUUUGUUCUGUUAGCUGCUUGGAGAAAAACGAAUCCCAAAGAUUCUGUUGAAAAGAGAAUGAGUGAAACGUACUCCGAGGCUACAAUAUCCAUUACUAUAACAUCUUUGACUAACGUUGCGUGUUCGUUAAUUGCAUUAACUACUCCUUUUAGAAUUAUCCAUAUUGUUGGAAGUUAUAUGGCUUUGAGUAUUUUCAUAGAUUACAUCUAUCAAAUUACAUUCUUCGGCGGAUGUCUUGCACUGGAUGGUUAUAGAGAAGCAAAGAAAUUGCAUGCAAUACUCUUCGUUCCUGUUAAGCUGGAUGAACGACCAUCAGGUUUUCUGGGAUUUAUAAAGUAUGGCUGUUAUUCAAGUGAAGAUAUUGAAGGCAAAACAACAAUGACAUGUUACAGAAAUCAUUUAGGAAAGAUUCUGGCGAUCCCAAUAGUAAAAGCAACUAUUAUUAUUCUUUCUUUGUUGUAUCUCGCUGGAGGAAUCUAUUUUACGAAAUAUCUACGGCCAACGACAGGUAUCGAUAAGGCAUUUAACGACAAUUCCUACAUGAUAAACUUCCUUCGUGAUGAAAAUAUAUUCUAUUCGCAAUAUCGAGAUAGAAUACAGAUAAUUGUUACCUCGUCACUGGAUUAUUCCGAUCCAAACAUCCAGAAUAAUAUAGAGAAAUUAACGACAGAACUGGAGAAUUCUCCUCAUAUGGCCGGAAGUAAUUUCACGGAAUCGUGGCUGAGACAAUAUCUGAAAUUCACUAAAAAUCCACAGUUUUGGUUGUCUCUCAGAGGAUACAAUUUGAGUCGACCCGAAGACUUCAUCGAUGCUUUACGCAAAGUAUUUCUUAAAUUCAAAUGGGCCAAACGCUUCAACAAGGACAUUGUAUUCAAUGACAAUGGCACUAAAAUAUUAGCUUCUAGAUUUUUUAUGCAAACAAAACUGGUUGAUGAUUCGCUGAAAGCAAAUGAAGUUUUUAUUAAUGUGUGGAAUGUAAUAGAUAAAUAUAAUCUUCCGGUACAAUGUUACGAUUUUCGAUUUAUUUUCUUUGAUUAUACUCUUGAGGCUGUUCCUACAACAAUUCAAUCAAUAGUCGUUAGUUCUUGCGUAGUUAUUUUGAUAUUUAUCAUUUUCAUUCCAAAUUUGUUUUGUGCAUUUUGUAUUGCAUUCACAAUAGCUUGUAUUGAGGUAAUAAGUAUAGGCUAUAUGUCUGUAUGGGGUGUUACUAUGAUGCCUAUAAUAACGAUUUUAUUGAUAGCGAUUACCGGAUUUUGUACGGACUAUGCAGCUCAUAUAUCGUAUGCGUAUGCAAAAAGUAAAAGAAAGAAUCCGAAUGAAAAACUGCGCGAUUGUUUGGAUGCUGCUGGUCACGCGAUAGUGCAAGGUUGCCUUUCAUCACUAUUAGGCAUUUUUGUUUUAAUAGGAGCUCCGUACGAUUGCAUGAAAGAUAUGUUUAAAUUAUGUUUCAUAUUUUUUAUUUCUUCCAUAAUUCAAGGGUUAUUUAUUCUUCCAGUUAUGUUGUCAUUAUGGGAUAAUUUUCUGUUAUUAUGUCAAAGUAGCAAGAGACAGCGUUCGGAUGAGGAAUCUUCAGAUGCUCCGAAUACGAAAGAAGGGUUGUUAAAUUAAAAAGAAUAAUUAAUCCAAAAAUUCCAUAAUCUAAAAAAUAUAAAAUAUUUAUGGCACUGGAAACUGUUAAAGAUCGAUGUAACGUAACAUCGAUUACGACGUUGAAAAAUGAAUAUACUAUAUAUAUAUUGUUUAUAUUGUUUCCAGAAAUAAAAUGUGACUAGCAAUGAGUUAAUUUGAAUUUUGAUACUUUAAUUAGUAAGUAAAUUCUUAUUUUAUUUAUUGUUUUAUUAUAAAUAUAUAGUUAAAACAUGUACGAUCUUUAUAAUGCCUGAUAUACAGUAUUUCAAUUUUAAAAAAAUUAUUAUUCUAGAUAAUUUACUGUCUUCACUGCAUUUUUAUUAUAAAAUUUAACAUAUACAGUUUUUAUUAUUUGUUAUUUUUUGGUUUUAAUUAUAGUUGAUGGUCUGGUAGUUGCUAAUUUGUAUAAGAUAAAUAAAAAUUAGUAGAUUAGAUAAUAAACAGAUCUAAGUGGCAUGCUGAUUUUCGAGUGAAUCCUGUCGUCAAUGUUAAUUUCAUAUUGGUAUUGUCAAAGAAUGUCGUAUAAUAAAAAUUAAAAGACAAAGUCGUUCUAAAAAUAUAUAUUUCAGACGAUUACCAUUUUUACAAAG